AUGGAGACGCGAGUGCUUUGGCGCCUGCAACUUCUCUCGCUGCUGCUGGUGCUGCUCUGGGGGGGGUGUGCCCCAGUGGACAGCUGCAACGAGACUCGCAUGCUGGAGAUGCUGCCCCGGUGCGAGAAGGCCUUCGCAGACAUGAUGCACAAGGUGGACACCUGGAAGUGGUGCAACCUGUCAGAGUUCAUUGUGUACUAUGACAGCUUCACCAACUGCACCGAGGAGGAGAGCACAAAGGUGGGCUGCUACUGGCCCAACCCGCUGGCCCAGGGCCUCAUCACUGGCAUCCACAGGCAGUUCUUCUCCAACUGCACGGUGGACAGGCCCCACUGGCAGGAUCCCCCGGACGAGGUUCUCAUCCCACUCAUCGCUGUGCCCGUCCUGUUGACUGUCGCCAUGGCUGGCCUGGUGGUGUGGCGCAGCAAACGCACUGACCAGCUGCUGUGAGGGCCUGGCUAGGCGGAGAGAGAAGACAGGUCCUGGGGGCCGGGAGAGCCUGUGGACACAGCUUUGGCCACCGCCACUCAGCCAUCAGUUCUGAGCAGAUGCCACCGACCCGUGCUGCUCACCCAAGCUCUUCGCUCUUCCUUGGGCUGGUGGAAGAAAAUGUCCCGAGGCUGGAGCUUACGUGCUGGGCACAAGUCGCUGCUGCUGGGCCUCAGGGGCUUCU